AUGACAUUGAAGCAGUAUUACGAAGCCGUUAACGGCAAAGGGAUCGAUGUGGAAAAGUUGAGGAUAAUACUUGCUCAAAUACUCGAGGCGCUCAGCUACCUACACAAGAAAGGGAUAAUGCAUCGGGCUAUUCGACCAGAAAACAUUGGUGUUCAAGAAAACAACGGUCGACUCGUACUCAAACUCUUUAACUUUGGUCUGUCCAGAGAGAUAACCGGAGACGAAAUCGAAGUAGCAAAUAAGGUGAGAAGAAGAGGCGGCGAAUGUGCAGUUUUGGACAGAAUAUUUGAAGUUCUUGGUGUGCAGCCUGAUCUAUCUAAAUUGAACCGUGAAGGAUCGUUGUCUGCCGACUUGAAAAGAAAAAUUACCUUGGUAAAUGGAAACGAAGAAGAAGUGAACUCACUUUGCGAUUUAAUCACUCAAAUGUUGUUGGUGGAUCCAAAGAAGCGGCUCUCCGCUGACGUGUGCCUCAAGCAUAAGUUUCUUCGACCAUCCAUGGGCGAGCCCAUGGAAAUUGAUGCUGAAGCUGAUCUUCCAACAACGGUUUCGUUGGAGAAUUGCACCCUGUUGAAGGAUUUGAAAGCCGGCCGCACGAGACUAUCUUUUGACAUUGAUCUGCUCGAUGCUGAGAUUAAGAGAAAAUAU